AUGGAUUGCUACGGGAAGUAUGCAGCUGUCACUUUGACCAUUUUGUCUUUAUUUCUGCAUCUCCUUCAUGCUUUCCCAGAUGGAGAGUUUCUUAUGCAAGGUUGUCCAGAGUGCAAGCUAGGGGAGAACAGAUUCUUUUCCAAGCCAGGAGCUCCCAUUUACCAGUGCACUGGGUGCUGUUUCUCUCGGGCCUAUCCCACUCCAAUGAGAUCCAAGAAGACCAUGCUCGUUCCAAAGAACAUUACAUCAGAGGCAACCUGCUGUGUAGCAAAGGCUUUUACCAAGAUUACCCUAAAGGACAAUGUGAAGAUAGAGAACCACACAGAUUGUCACUGCAGUACCUGCUACUAUCAUAAAUCCUAAGGCCUGUCCCUUUGUUAACGAUCAAGGACAACGGUGAAUGGAAUAUUUGUGUUUCAGCUUUUACAGCACCGCUGUGCAGAGUCUUGUCCUCUGGUCGAGGCACUGGGUAGACCUCUGAACAAGAUGGAUGAUUGUUUUAUUUCCUCUUUGCUGCUUCAUGCAUUUAAGUAAGUUCCAUUAUUUCCAUUAGGGAUGAA